AUGCUGCCUUUCAGGAUAGCAGCCCCCUGGGCAUGCAUACUGACCAGCUCCAUACACUCCGCCCCUUUCACACGCGCAACCCGCGCACACCUACCACGGCUGCGACUCCUCCUGCAGCAACGCCAGCCACAGCGCCGAUGCCUCGCCUCGCAGCCACCACCCUCCGCCGGGACGACCGCCGGCAAGGCAUCCGGCCCUGAGCUGCAGAAACAAGCCCGCGCGGCGGCCCAGAACCCGAAGCAAUACGAGAUCCCUGAGCGCCUCAUCAUCUACCACGCCGGCACAGGGCGCACCACCUUCCUCGCCAUGCUCAAGCUCACGAGCCUCUUCGUCGGCGCCUUCUUCUGCCUCGUCGCCGUCCCGGGCUACGUCAAGGCGGACAAGCCCUGGGGCGAGACCGCCGGAGUCGCGCUGUGUGGCAUCCUCCCCUUCGCCUUCGUCGCGUACACGACGGCCCCCUUCGUCACGCAUAUCCACGUCCACCUUCCCCCGGCGGCGCGCCCCUCGCGCGCAACCCUCGCGCGCUUCGUCGCCGCCAUGCCCGCAUCGACGCGCCUCACCCUCACCACCAUGAGCGCCAUCGCCAAGCCUCGCUACAGUGACGUCCGCGUGGGUGACUUGCUGCGGCCCGGCGUGUCACGCCCUUCUUUUGCCUCCCCGUCACCGCCGCCGCCGCCGUCGUCGUCGUCGUCCGCCACAGCGGCGCAGACGCAACAGCAGCAGCAGCAGCAGCAGCACAGCACCACUCGUCGCCGCACCCCCAGCACGCGCUUCGGCAUCGUCAACUACGUCCGCGACGCCGCCGAGGAAAACGCCGCGCGCAAGUGGUACGAGCUCCGCGCCGUCGACGCCUUUUACGUGCAGGAGAGCACCACCGCCGCCACCGGGGGCGGCAGCGGCUCCGCGGCCGGGGCGGCGGGGCCGAGGAGGAAACCCGGGGCGGCGGCCUCGGGACGGCGCGGCAGGGCCGUCGUCGAGACGUGGAUCUGGGACGCCGUCAGGGACAAGAUUGCCAAGAGGGCGGCCAAGGAGGUGUAG